AUUGUUUUCAAGCAUCAUGACUGAACUCAUCCGAACCGCGUUUGCCAACGCUCCCAUCCUACUUGUCCCCUGUAUUGUCGCUGUUUAUCUUCUUGCAGAAUGUCUCAAGCUCGCUUUCUGCUACCCAUGGUAUGCCUGCUUCGCCCUCGUUAUAGGCGUCCUGCUAUUAGUUGUCUAGCUGUUUGUUGUUUAUAAAUUUUGUUAUAGUUAAUAAGCCUGUCCUAACCGGUAUAGCCAUUAAUGGCUGAUAUAAUUUUAAUCAGAAUCAU